GUUUAAGGAUUUGAUGAAAUUACGACGUACAUGUAAAUUAUGGAAUGAAUUAGUUCUGAUCAUUGCUAAAGAAGAGAUUUUUUAUAAAUAUCGUCAAGGAUGGGAAAUAUCGACGUCAUACUUUUUCAAGUUCAUACAAUUCACAAACUGUACUCUAGCUUCAUAUGACGACAAACAAAGACAAUUCUGUUUUCUCAUCGAUGAUGAUUCACGUAACUUUAAAUCAACAGAAAGGCUAUUU